AUGAAGCGAUGGCACAAACACGCGACAGCUGGUGGGCCGAGGAUCCAGACCAGCCGCACUGUGCGCGCCUAUGUGCAGUGCUCUGGCCUCAGCAAGGCGCCCUUCAACGAGCACUUCGAGUGGGACACUGAGAAGGUGGGCAACGACCUGGCCUACUACAUGGACAUUUACGAUGAAGACAUGGACUUUGCCAUCGCCACACAGCACCUGAUCUUCCCGCCAUCUGCCGUCAAAAUCCGCAAUCACACGUUCCCCGCGCCCAGAGAGAAGGAGAUUUAUGUUGAAGCGCGCUAUGGACCGUCCUGGCGGGUCCCUGACCAUCAGGCGCGGGAAUUGGCGGAGAAGUACCCAACGCUGGAUGAGGCGAGGGUCUGGUCCAAGAACAUGCUCAUGCUGCGGGAAGCCCGCCAAGAUUUGCACAACGGGUACCGCCUCUUGGAGAGGGCCUCCGUCGACUUCAAGACUGGUGAUAUCCAAAUCCCGGCCAAUCAGGAGCCGCCACGCCAUUCAGCAAAGGAUGUGGCGAUUGAGGGCUUCGAGAUGUCAGCAGACCGGAAGGUCCUUGCUGGCAAGGUGACCAUUUUCCCUCCAGAUACAGGGGAGGACGAGAUCCUGGAGUACGUCAUGUACUGGGCAAAGCAGGAGAUCACCUGGUCAGACGAGCUGAUGAUCAUGCGUGUGGACUCGGGCUUGUCUUCCCCGGAGGAGGAAGCGACCGAGAGCUCGACCACCGAGGCUUCGUGGUACGGUAGCCAGGAAACGAUUCGCCCCGUUGGAAGGAUUUGGCGAUGCAGGGCAUCACCUAAUCCGUUCAAGGCCUGCAGUGUCCGCGGCAUGCCGCUGCAGGUGUCGCUUCCUGCUGGCAUUCUUGUGCCCGAAACAGUAACUCACUUUGGCGUCACCUCGGCCAAUGAGGCGGGGGAGUGUCGUCGGCUGGCCUCUGUGAAGCUGUCUGGAGAGGAGGAACAGGACGACUUCUCCAGCAAGGUCGUCCUCGGAGUCUUGCAAGGCUUCUCGACAGUGAAUCGAGCUGCCUGUGGUCCAGGGAAGUACUCCUUGGUGGACGAUGGCUGGAAGAACGUCAUGGACUCGAUGAUGAAGCGGACGGAUGCUUCGAUGAAGGCUGCUCUGGGCCUUUUGGCGGAGUGGCUCGAGCCCGUCGCCCUCACGCUGGAGGACUGUGGUGCGUCGAAGGCCCACAAACAGUUUGCUGGUGGGCUGCAGCGCCUCCGUACUGGCACCAUGUUCUAUCAGCCGGGUCAGGCUUUGUCCAUCGACAGACAGUCCAUCUUCCAUUGGGUGAACAAUGCCAUAACCUCCUUCAGGAAAAGUGAGUACGGGCUGUUCGGCAGAGACCUUGGCGGUCUUGUGCGCCAGAUUGCCCCGCGAGCAGAGGUGGAAGAGCAAGCAGCAUCAAGAUCAGAGUCCGCUGUGUCCGAGCAAGAGUCAGAGGAUGCCGAAGAAGCCGUUUCCUCCAGCAGCAAAGCGUGGAAGGGCCUGAGAGUUGCACGGGCAGAAACGGCAGAAUGA